AUGAACAAGUACGAUGUUCUUGGCGUCGUGGGCGAGGGGGCCUACGGCGUAGUAUUGAAGUGCAAAAACAAGGACACCAAUGAAGUGGUGGCCAUCAAGAAGUUCAAGGAGAGUGAAGAGGAUGAGGUAGUCCGAAAGACCACGCUGAGAGAGGUGAAGAUCCUUCGCAUUAUGCGGCACGAAAACAUUGUGCAGCUGAAGGAGGCUUUUCGACGCAGGGGGAAGCUCUACCUCGUCUUCGAAUUCGUGGAGAAAAGCAUGCUCGACAUUUUAGAGGCCAAUCCAAAUGGUGUGGACACGGAAACAGUUCGCGUCCUGACUUGUCAGUUGGCUCGUGCCAUUGAGUACUGUCAUCGGCAUGAUGUGGCGUCCUCAACGUUGGUGAAAGCCAUGAAGCACAUGCCUUGGGUGCUUGCUGAUUUGCCCGAAGCAUCAGCAAUCUGA